AGGUCGCUAGGGACUGCUCACUGGGCCUUGCCCGAGAUGGACAGCCAGAUUCCUUAUGAUGACUACCCAGUGGUUUUCCUGCCUGCCUGUGAGAAUCCUCCAGGAUGGAUUCCUCCUCAUGAGACGGUACCCCACCCAGACUACAACAAUGAGCUGAUCCAGUUUCCACCCCAAACCAUCACACUGAAGAAGCCUCCUGGAGCCCAGUUGGGAUUUAACAUCCGAGGAGGAAAGGCCUCCCAGCUAGGCAUCUUCAUCCCCAAGGUGAUUCCUGACUCUGAUGCACAUAGAGCAGGGCUUCAGGAAGGGGACCAAGUUCUAGCUGUGAAUGAUGUGGAUUUCCAAGAUAUUGAGCACAGCAAGGCUGCUGAGAUCCUGAAGACAGCUUGUGAAAUCAGCAUGCAUGUCUGCUUCUUUCCCUACAAUCAUCAUCGCCAAAAAGAGAGGACUGUGCACUAGAGAGUUACAGCCCACAGCCCUUCAUGUGGACUCUCCCACGACAUGCUAACUAGAUUUCAGGAGAGCCACUUCUACUUUCAGCCCCUCCUUGGA